UGUAUUCCAUACAUCGACUAAACAACUAAAAAUGGCAUUCAAGUUUGUAGUAUUCUGCGCCGCUUUGGCUGCCGCUAACGCUGGUCUUUUGGGCGCCCCAGCCGUCUCAACAUACGCUGCUGCCCCAGCUCUCUCCUACGCCGCCCCAGCUGUAUCCACCCUCUCUUACGCCGCUCCAGCCGUCGCUGCCGCCCCAGCUCUCGCCUACUCCGCCCCCGUAGUUGCUAAGGCCCCAGUCGCUACCUCUUACUCUUACACCAAACAGAUCUCCGCCUCCCCGGCUGUAUCUUACGCCGCCGCUCCAGCCAUCUCCACCUAUGCUGCUGCUCCAGCUAUUUCUAGCUAUGCUGCUCCAGCUAUCUCCACCUAUGCUGCUCCAGCUAUCUCCACCUAUGCUGCUCCAGCUUUGAAAGUAGCUGCCCCAGCCAUCUCUACUUAUGCUGCCGCUCCAGCCAUCUCCACUUAUGCUGCCGCUCCAGCUUACUCCACUUACGCUGCUGCUCCAGCUCUUUCCUACUCUGCUCCAGUUGCCAAAGUAUGGUAAAUGACUAUAAAUUUUGUAUAUACGAAAAUUAAAUAAACGAGUUAUUUAUUAAUUGUAA